AUGUCCGGCUUCCAUCUUUCUCAGGCUGUAGAAGUGCUGGGUCUUGAGCUGACGGCCAUCACAUCGGUUGUAGAUAAUUUGCUUACCCUGCCUCUGGUGCUGGCCGUAGCGCAAGCUGCUUCACCCCGGAUUGGGACUGAGCAGAAAUUCCUGCGUGUAGACCGGCCAGCAAACUGUGGCAGAGGGUAUUUUCGGCCAAACGCUGCAGGGAGAACUACAUCAGGCACUGAAGCAAAGCCACGCUCCUGGCCUUGGCAAGUCUCGUUACAGAGAUUCGUUCACCUCUGUGGCGGGACCCUUAUUCACAAACACCGAGUUCUCACUGCAGCCCAUUGCUUCCAGAAGGGCGAGAUGGAAGUUGCGUCCGACUGGUGAAUCCUCCUAGGAAAGCAUAACCUUAGCCACAACGAAUCCACGCAGAGAGCGUACCGCGUGGAGCAAAUCCACCCGCACGGGUGGCUCCACGAAAACCACUCUCUCCGCGUGGAGCAAAUCCACCCGCACGGGUGGCUCCACGAAAACCACUCAAACCGGCUGGAUUACGAUAUUGCCUUGGUCAAGCCUAUGGAAGACGUAACAGCAAACCGCUUUGUCCGCUAUGCCUGCCUGCCCAAGAGAGGCUGCUCUCUUUACCCGGGACAGUCCUGCUGGGUAACUCGAUGGGGGGACACAACAGGUAUACGAGCGCUGCUGGUUUUCAAAGGUCAGACGGGGUCGGCAUUAUUUUCUCUUAAGUCCAAAUACACAGAGAAGGAUUAUACAGCACAGCCUCCGCCUCCUACACGUUUAGAUGAAGAAGCCAAAUACCUGAAAUGCAAGUUCCUAGGGUAA